AUGAAAAGCGAAGGUGGUUCAAGGACUGGGAAAGACAAAGUUAGACGAAAGGCACCGAUUAAGGUUGUUCUUCGUCGGUUACCCGGUGGGUUUGACUGGAGUCAGCUGUUGACACAGUUGGAACCACUUCCAGAAACAGAGUCCUUGCAGUUUGUCCCGGCCAAUUCAGAGGAAGAAGAAUACAAAUUUGCUAGAGCUUAUUUUGUAUUCAAAAACGAUGAAGAUAUUGUUGCUUUUCGAGACCGAUUCAAUGGUUACGUUUUUGUUGAUUCACAAGGAGUGGAGUCUGUUGGCCUAGUUGAGUUAGCACCAAAUCCUAAGGUUGCUCGUAACCGACGCGAAGAUUCAAAAAAACGCGAUCGCAGGUGUGGAACGAUAGAAUCUGACGCUGAAUUUAAACAGUUUUUGGAUGACAGAGAGCACCCGUUAAAAGUCGAUAUACCAUCUGUUGAAGAUCGGGUUAAAGAGAUCGAAGAAAAGGAGAAAAUGCAAAUAGAGAAUACUGUACAAGAAACUCCCUUAACCCAGUUUAUGAUAAGAAGGAGUGAUGAAAGGUUUCGACGCUUACAGGAUAAGCGGCGGGUUAGAGACGAGGAAAAAAAAGCUCGUCUGCAGCGGCUUUUUGAAAAGGAGCAGAAAGAGAGAACAGAACGUAAAGAAGCAAAGAAGAUAACAGAAUUCCGAAAUUCUAAAAUCGAUCCCAGCCUCUUUCGAGGGUCUUCCCAUAGAGAGGGCAAAAAGGUCAAAGAAGAUAGUGAGAAGGAAACCAGCAAAUCGAAAGGCGAGCAGGACUGGAAUUCAAAACCCACACGAUAUAGAAGCGAAUCAAGUUUGAAGAAAGAGCGAGAAACAUUGCAGAAAAUUAAAAGUAGCAAAGAACGGGACGUGCAUGCUGAUCGUUCUGGAGACGUCGAAAAAAAUGAAAAAGCGAAAACAGCGGUUUUGGAAAAUGGUAGUAGAGCUACGAAAGAGGAGUUGAACGAAGGAGAGUCUGAUCUUUCAGAAAGAUCAUCUUUGCCGUCUCGCAAGUCAUCCAACGUUCGGUCCUCAAAAGAAGGUGUCGAGAGUUCUGCAGAUACAGAUAAGAAGCCACGGCGAAACAAGGACCGUCCAGAACGUGCUAUAUAUCAGCCUAGUGCGGUAAGACGGCGUAUGGCUCUAAACGCUUCGACGAAAGUUGGUGAUCAGGAGAAGAAAGUCCAGAAACCCACAGAACUGAGUGAGAAGCGAUAA